GCGCGUGGGACCUGUAAAAGCCUGGCACGGCGCUGAUUGGUGCCAUCUGAGCGUGUUGCCAGAAGAAGACACGCCGACUGAAGAUGCUGUCGCCGCCCCGCCCAACGACGCUGCGGGACUCGCUGCAGCGGACGCCCGGGCGCAGCCCGUCGCGGCCCUCGCUGUGCACGACGGACGCCCCAGCCUCGCGCAAGGUCGUGCGCCACCACGGGUACCUCUUUACGAAGAAGCUGCUCCGGAGCCUCGCGUCGCAGUACUACUGCCUCAACGAACACAGCUCCAAGCUCUACGUGUUUGAAAACUACUCGGACUUUCACAACUGGAAUCGCGAAGGCCAGCCGCGCCACAUGACGGCCAAGCGGCUCAACGGGUCGGCGAUCCCGUGCGGCCCGACGCGCAUCAUUCAGAUCGACGCGCUCGACGACUAUGACGCACUGCGCCCAGUGCUCUCGCAGGGCUACUACAAGCUGACGCUUUCGGUGUUUAAGAAGAUGAACUCGUCCAAAGUCGAGAAGCUCUCGCUGCUCGCCGAGUCGCGCGAGGCGUACAACCACUGGAUUGAUGCGUUCGAAGACGUACUCUCGAGCGGCGAAGAGACGACGCACUCGGCGAGCGCCCACCAAAUGCUGCGACGCCACACGACCGAAUCGACGUACUCGUCACUGCAUUCCGACACAACCUCGUCGCUCCUCGCCCCGACGCGGCCAUCGUCCAAGUCGGACGCGUUCCCGAUUCAAAAGACGAACGCCGGCUCGUUUCUCGGUGCGUCGUCGGCUAGCAGUCACCAGCGCAUGCAGCCACCGCCGCUCUCGCGACGCUACUCGGAGAUUCUCAAGCCCGCCGAUCUCCAAGCAGCGUCGCAGCACCUCGAGUCACCGCCCCGUAUCCCGUUGGCCACGCGUGGUCGGACCCAAUCGGCGCAGUCGAUGCGGUUUGGCGCGACCCAAGAUGGCAGCAACUUUCUCACAAGCCAAGCUGCGCUCGCCUCCACUGGCUCGUUUCUCUCGACGCCGGCGACAACGAGUACUCCGGCGCCGCCGUCGUCGACGCGCAACGUGCUCCUCUUUGUCUCGACCAACGGGUCCACGGUCGGUGUCUCGGAGGCCAAGAUCCAGCAAGCCCGAAGCGACCUCGCAGCACUCUGCGCGCUUCCGGGCAAUUACCAGCCCGAGCGCGGCCUCGACUCGUUCAUGGACUCGCGCACGUUUUGGCUCCACGGUCCACCCGACUAUGCGCUCACGGACGUCGCAUUUCUCCGCGGCCGGACGCGCGCGCACGGUGUCACGUCGUUUGCUUACGAGAUUGAAACUGCGCUUCGUACCUUCUCGAUGGAGGUGACGCACAAGGCGCGGCUCUCGCAGUGGACGUCGGUCGCGACGUCGUUCUGGCUCCAAGUCAACGAGCACCCGGUGGUGAGCUACCACCAACUCCCCGAGAUGCGCCAUGCGCUCUUUGGGCUGGUCUACGUGCCGCCCACCCCGAGCUCGCCGGCGACGUCGCCGCAUGCGGAUGUGCCCUCGUCGUCGAGUGGGCUGGCCGAGGCCUUUCCCGAUGGCUUUCCCAUGGAAGUCCUUGAAGUGUAUACGAGUGCGCCGGCCAAUAUUUAUUUCUCGUGGCGCCACUGGGGCGCGUUCACAGGGUCGUACCAAGGCCGGCGCGGCGACGGCAGUCUCAUCUCGAUCACGGGCUUUGGGCGCCUCGCCAAGGAGGUGGGUACCGGCAAGCUCCAGUCGCUCCACCUCUUUUGCCACCCCGAGCCGCUCCUGACGCAGUUGCACUCGCGCUGGGCGCCGCUUUCCAACGUGGUGACGUCGGCGCCGCAUCGGCGCUUGUCCGAGAGUCUCUCGGAGGCCCCGCGCCGCCGCCGGCCGUCGGCCAACAGCCUCGACUUGACAUACGACCUCCAAGGCUUGAGCAACCCCAAGACGGCGUAACUCGACCCAGAGACUUUCAAAAAUACAACACUCAAAUGAUGCAAAUGACCACA